UUAUUCAGUCUUGACGUGUUUUCUGAACUGAAGUUAAAAUGACUGGUCGCGGAAAGGGAGGAAAAGGAUUGGGAAAAGGAGGAGCCAAGCGCCAUCGCAAGGUACUUCGUGAUAACAUCCAGGGAAUCACCAAGCCAGCUAUCCGUCGUCUCGCUCGUAGAGGUGGUGUGAAACGUAUCUCCGGUUUGAUUUACGAGGAGACUCGCGGUGUUCUCAAGGUAUUCCUUGAGAACGUCAUCCGCGAUGCAGUCACCUACACCGAACACGCCAAGAGGAAGACCGUUACGGCUAUGGAUGUGGUCUACGCACUGAAACGUCAAGGACGUACUCUCUACGGAUUUGGAGGUUAAGCUUAACUCUACGAAAUAAACAAUCGGCCCUUUUCAGG